UCUGCCUCGCUACGCUAGUAGACUCCGUCUCUCGAACAUGACAAACUCGCUUUCUUUCGUCCCGUAUAGCAUGUGAACGCCGUCCACAUGAGUCUCCUGCGCCUCCACAGGCUCUCAGUGAUCUGGAAGAACUGGAUGUUCAACCAGGAUGCUGACGUGUCUGACUCCGGCUCUUUACAGGUGGAGAACGCCAGCGAGAGCGACGACACGGCUCCACAGGGACACUCGCGCCGCCACUUCCAUAAGGUGAACGCUGGAGGAGAGCGGCAGCUGAUCGUAGACGUCCACGACGCCUCGGCCACGCUUCCUGGUGACCUCAGCAAGAUGCACCUGACAGACCACCCCCACCAGCAGAUGCACAUGCCGCCCAGCCAAUCAGGAUGCAGCAUCGCCAGUGACUCGGGGAGCAGCAGCCUAUCAGACAUCUACCAGGCCACAGAGAGCGAGAUGGGAGACGUCGAUCUGUCCGGCCUCCCCGAAGCUCCCGUGGACUCUGAGGAAGAGGAGGAAGAUGAAGAUAUCGAGCGCUCCUCUGAGGCUCUUCUGGGCAGAGAUCUGGUGCGAGAGUGUCUAGAGAAGGAUGCGGUGGAUCGCACAGAUGACGACAUCGAGCAGCUCUGGCUGGACCUGUGGUAUGUGAUCCUGAAUGGUGCUGUAGAGAUCAGCUAUGGAGACGGCCGAACAGAGAUCCUGUGCAUGGGCAACAGCUUCGGUAUCUCGCCGUCUCUAGACAGACAGUUCAUGAACGGGGUUGUGUGCACUAAAGGAGAUGACUGCCAGUUUGUGUGCAUCGCACAAGAGGACUACUGCCGCAUCCUCAACCAUGUGGAGAAGAACACACACAAGGUGGAGGAGGAGGGCGAGAUUGUCAUGGUGAAGGAGCACCGAGAGCUGGACCGCAGUGGCACCAGGAAGGGCCACAUUGUCAUUAAGGGCACUCCUGAGCGUCUGAUCAUGCACCUGGUGGAGGAGCCGUCAGUGGUGGACCCCACAUACAUUGAGGACUUCCUCCUGACGUACCGCACCUUCCUGUCCAACCCCAUGCAAGUGGGUAAGAAACUUCUGGAAUGGUUCAAAGUGGACAGUCUCAGAGACACGGUGACGAGAAUCGUGUUGUUGUGGGUAAACAAUCAUUUUAACGACUUUGAAGGCGAUCCGGUAAUGACUCUGUUCCUGGAGGACUUCGAGAAGUUACUGGACUCUUCGAAAAUGAAGGGUCAUCUGCGUCUGCUGAACAUCGCGUGUGCUGCUAAAGCCAAGUGUCGUCAGAUCACCCUGCAGAAGCCGUCCAGAGAGUCUCCGCUGUUCUUCACGGUUCAGGGCGGCAGUGAGCGGGGCUUCGGCAUCUUCGUGGAGACUGUGGAGGAGGCCAGUAAAGCGGCAGAAGCAGGGCUCAAGCGUGGCGAUCAGAUCAUGGAGAUCAAUGGGCAGAACUUUGAGAACAUCUCGUACUCCAAAGCCAUGGAUAUCCUGAAGAACAACACGCACCUCUCUCUUACUGUGAAGACCAACAUCUUCGUUUUCAAAGAGCUUCAGAGCCGCGUGAGGAAUGAGAAGAAGAACGGCGGUCCUCACAUCCCUAAGAUUCAGGAGAGAAAGAGCAACCGCUUCUCCAUCCCGGAUCUCCCAGGUGACUUGGAGUUUCCCUCGGACAGCAAGAGCCGCAAGAAGAUGAAGGCCAACACGGUGUCUGGAGGACGCAACAAGAUCCGUAAGAUGUUGGAGAAGACCAGAUUCAGCAUCCUGCCCCCAAAACCCUUCAGUGACGGUGGCAUGUCUCAGUCUCAGGACGACAGUAUCGUGGGCACUAAGCAGUGCCGGCACAGCGUGGCUAUAAUGCCCAUCCCGGGCAGCCUGUCAUCCAGCAGCCCUGACCUGCUGCAGCCCGCCACCAGCGCUCUGGACUUUACCAACCCUUCAGUGGCUGGUUUCUACUGUAAGUACACCCGACGUACAUGUUUUGAACUCACUGUUUUGCACGCGAUUAUGGGAUUGUGGUACUACCUGAAGAACAACAUGGAGACAGAGACGCUUUGCUCUGAUGAAGACGCUCAGGAGCUCUUAAGGGAGAGUCAGAUCGGUCUCCUGCAGCUCAGUACCGUGGAGGUGGCAGCGCAGCUCUCCAUGAGAGACUUCGGCUUGUUCCGUAACAUCGAGUCCACCCAGUAUGUGGACGACCUGUUUAAGCUGGACCCCGGCGGUGGCGGCAGCAGCCAUCUGAAGCAGUUCGAGGAGGUCAUCAACCAGGAGACCUUCUGGGUGGCCACUGAGAUCCUGCGCGAGCCCAACGCACUCAAACGCAUGAAGAACAUCAAGCACUUUAUCAAGAUCGCCCUGCAUUGCCGCGAGUGCAAGAACUUCAACUCCAUGUUUGCCAUCAUUAGUGGUCUAAAUCUGGCUCCAGUAGCUCGAUUGAGAAGCACGUGGGAGAAACUACCCAGUAAGUAUGAGAAACUGUUCCGCGACCUUCAGGACAUCUUUGACCCGUCACGCAACAUGGCCAAAUACCGCAACAUCCUGAGCAGCCAGAGCGUACAGCCUCCCAUCAUCCCGCUGUUUCCCGUGGUCAAGAAAGACCUCACCUUCCUGCACGAAGGUAACGAUUCGAGUGUUGAUGGCCUGGUGAAUUUCGAAAAGUUACGAAUGAUCGCCAAGGAGAUCCGACAUGUGGUGCGCAUGACGUCAGCCAACAUGGACCCAGCGCUCAUGUUCAGACAGAGGAAGAAGAGGUGGAAGAGUUUAGGGUCUCUGAGUCAGGGCAGCACCAACUCAAACCUGCUGGACGUUCAGGGCAGUCACAAGAAGCGCGUGCGGCGCAGCUCUCUGCUCAACGCCAAGAAGCUGUACGAGGACGCCCAGAUGGCCCGUAAGGUGAAGCAGUACCUGGCACACCUGGAGGUGGAGAUGGACGAGGAGAAGUUCCAGAUCAUGUCGCUGCAGUGUGAAGCGGCCUACAGCACAUUGUCUAAGAACCUGAGCGAGCGGCGCUCCACUAAAUCAGACAUGUCCCCGGUGUCCAUGCGCUCCAGUGUGUCUUCAGCCAAGCCUCAGAACCGUGUCUCUCAGGUGCUGCAGGUGCCUCCCGUCAGCCUUUACCCUCUGCGCAAGAAGAGCAUCGCCAAAGACCUGUCCGCUUCCUUCAGUCCCAACUCACCUCAGAUGCUGAAGAAAGCAGCUGGCGCGGCCGAUGACAUGAGCAUCAAGAGACCCGACGACACAGCCACCGUCUCGUCCCUGCACUCCAGUCCUACCGUCUCCCCACAGGGAUCUCCUCGCAAAGUGGGCGGAGCUCCCAGACAGAACUGCGGUCAGCUGAACCUGUCGGGUUCGUCCUCGUCUCUGGCCAGCGAGGUCGGCGUCAGGACGGCCGGAGGACGCACGUAUGGCAUAGGUGGGGCUUUCCUUCAGAGACAGAUCCUGAGGAUGACCUGUCAGAGCGGCAGACAGGAAGAGAGCAGACAGGGACAGGAAGAGACACGCAAGCGCUUCAGGUCCCCCUUCAGACUAUGGAGAGACAGGAGCAAGUCCAGGGACAGAGCUGGGACAGUGAGACAGGAUGAGCUGCAGGCAGACAGUCUUAAGACAGACAGACACAGGAGGAGGACAACUGUGUGA